UAAUCAAUACUUUGCAUCGACGAAAGCAACCAAUCCUGUACCUGCAACUGCCGAGAGCCAAUCACAUACUCAACUCGACUGGAGCACAGACACAGCAUCUUUCAACAACAAAGCGAGAGGUUUUGGCUGAAGUUAGAAACAUGUGGAACUGACGACGAGCUAUCUAGCCAUGGACUUGUUUCCUGCACGGAGUAUUUAAUGGUGGAACCAGUUUCCUAUGUACAAUAAGCAUGGCGGCACGACAAAUAUUCGGGUUAAACAGUAUAACCAGUUUACUCAAGUUUGCGAAGCAAAAUACAGCUCAAGGUAGAAACUUGAACUGCAUUCAUCCAAAGUCCACAUUCAGUGCCCUUCCAGGUGAUAACUGCAAAGUGGAACUUGCCUUGACCUCAGAUGGCAGAACAAUAGUGUGUUAUCACCCUCCAGCAGAAUUCCCAUAUGAACAUUCAAAGCCUAUCCCACGACCAGACCCUUUAGAAAAUCAUGAGGAAACACACGAUCAGGUGCUGAAAGCUCGGUUGAAUGAAGAAAUGUUGCAGAACAAACAGGCACCCACUAUUGAAGAGCUCAGUAAAAUGUUCUAUACGACAAAACAUCGCUGGUAUCCAGUUGGACAGUAUCACAGAAGACGUAAAAAGACUGAUCCUCCCAAAGACAGAUAAUUUCGAACACUUAAACACUUGGUGGUUCUACAUAGUACAAACAAUUUGCUUGAUUUUUUCCUGUACAUGUUGCCAUUUCAUAAGCAGCAUGUUAUAGAUUCCUGGUACAGUACCUUAUUACUUCCUGUGCUUUGUCACAUUUUGUUUUUGAUCAGUGGAUUAAUCAAACCUCUAACACAGGAAUAGAUUGUAUUCCAGGAAUCAACCACAACUUUUUAAUUUGUCAGGUGAAUAUAUUGGCAGUGCAAAUAAGAGGUAAGAAAUUGGCUUUAAAACCUUUUAACACCAAUGUUGUUAUUUCUUAAAUGGAGAUCACUUUGUACAAGAUUAUGCCCAAGUGAAGCAGAUAUAAGUGUUCUGUUUUUUUCUUGGAUUAGACCCAGUUAAUAAAUUGACUAUUUAAAAAUGA